UCUGUGCACUGAGAUCUAAAGAAACCUUUCUUCCUGUAAUGUUGGGUGUCGGGUAGCAAGGAAAAAGAAGUAACAGACACCAGAUCUUUUGGGGAAAAUCAAACCAGAAUUCUUCCGCGUGGUUUGUUGACACAAGCUUUUGCGUGCUGUUUGAGACGUCUCCACUGUGACUCCUUCGCUGUGGGGACACAGGCUGCGUCAUCUGCUUAUGAAGCUGCUGAACUGAAGAUAGGCGUGGCCUCAGAUCUUGUUCCUGAGAGCUGUUCACAUCUAGCAGGGCUCGGGGUCCGGGGUGUGGGUGUCGAUGGGGGGCGCUCUGUUGACUUCAAGAUGGAUCCGUUCCCUUUCAGGGCUGGGUUGUCACACGCAGCACAUGGUCCGGUGAUUUCCUCAUGCAUUUCCCAUUCCAGGCUCAUCUUCUGCAGUGGGGCCUUUUCUGAGGUGGUUUUAGCUGAGGAGAAGGCAACCGGGAAGCUCUUUGCAGUCAAGUGCAUCCCCAAGAAGGCGCUGAAAGGCAAAGAGAGCAGCAUAGAGAACGAGAUCGCCGUUCUGAGAAAGAUUAAGCAUGAAAAUAUCGUUGCCCUGGAAGACAUUUAUGAAAGCCCAAAUCACUUGUACCUGGUCAUGCAGCUUGUAUCUGGUGGAGAGCUCUUUGAUCGGAUCGUGGAGAAGGGAUUUUACACAGAGAAGGAUGCCAGCACUCUGAUCCGCCAAGUCCUGGAUGCCGUGUACUAUCUCCACAGGAUGGGCAUUGUCCACAGGGACCUCAAGCCUGAAAACCUAUUAUACUACAGUCAAGACGAGGAGUCCAAAAUAAUGAUCAGUGACUUCGGAUUGUCAAAAAUGGAAGGCAAAGGAGAUGUGAUGUCCACAGCCUGUGGGACCCCGGGCUAUGUUGCUCCGGAAGUUCUUGCCCAGAAACCUUACAGUAAAGCUGUUGACUGCUGGUCCAUUGGGGUGAUUGCCUACAUCUUGCUCUGUGGCUACCCUCCUUUUUAUGACGAAAAUGACUCCAAGCUCUUUGAACAGAUCCUCAAGGCGGAAUACGAGUUUGACUCCCCCUACUGGGAUGACAUCUCCGACUCGGCAAAAGACUUCAUCCGGAAUCUGAUGGAGAAAGACCCAAAUAAAAGAUACACCUGUGAGCAGGCAGCUCGGCACCCAUGGAUUGCUGGUGACACAGCCCUCAACAAAAACAUCCACGAGUCUGUCAGCGCCCAGAUCCGGAAGAACUUCGCGAAGAGCAAGUGGAGACAAGCGUUUAAUGCCACGGCCGUCGUGCGGCACAUGAGGAGGUUACAGCUCGGCAGCAGCCUGGACAGCUCAAGUGCGAGCGUCUCGAGCAGCCUCAGCCUGGCCAGCCAAAAAGAUUGCCUGGCACCUUCGACGCUCUGUAGCUUCAUGUCCUCUUCGUCGGGGGUCUCAGGAGUUGGAUCCGAGCGGAGACCCAGGCCCACCACUGUGACCACAGUGAACACUGGAAGCGAGUGACCGGCUCUGGAGGUGGAUGGGCCGGGUGCAGGGAAGGGUCCCGGGCCACCUGCCGCCCCACCUGCAUGGUGCACCUUUCUGCAAAGGACUGGAAGGCAGAAGUUUUUUACGGCCAUAUUUUAUACUGCAUUUCUCACAAACUGUACUGAACUCAAGGGGGCUGAGUGAAUAGGAUCUGGUGCUGUAAAUAUGAAUCUUGCAAAGCUCUCACGGCAUGGACCGCUUGUCGCUCCGUCGUUUCCACUCUUCUCAGUGUAGGCAGCCAUCUAGGGUGUAUUUUUUUUCAUGAAGAAAAAAAGAUUUCAACUGGAUUAUUUAAAAAUAUUGGUGAAUAUUGUGCAUUAGAGGUUUUUCCUUUGAAGAAGUAUGUCUUUUUGAUCUGUAUCUCAGUUACGUGACCUAUAUUAUUUGCUCUUCAGUAGUAGUUUUAUGUUAACCUUUAAGAGAUUUUUUUCCCCCUCCAAGGAGAAUUUAAAGGCACUUAGAAGAAUUUCUAAGAAGAGGAUGAAUUCUGUCUCGCAGGCUGAAUGCGCUUGGCUCCUCUUCUCCCUUCCUCGGGAGGGUCAGCCCUGAGGAAGGCACCUGGGCGGCUGUGGGGUGUCUUCUCCCCAGCUGUGGGGGGAGUGUGCAUCAGGAGCCCCAGGCCGGCUGCUCCCCGAGACCCACGGCCGGUCCUCGCCGCGACCCUCGCCCUGUGAACACCGGACCCACACAGCCAGGACUGGGAGCGCCCCUUCCCCGGGGGCCCGCUGCUAUCCAUGUGUGUCCGCGACCCCCACGCAGCUCUCUUCUCCGAGGGACAGCAGAUGGAACUCUGACCUCAGCUAUGCAGUUGUAAAAUGAAUCUCUCUCUCUGUUUUGUUUUUAAACACAGUUCUAAUCUUACACUUAAAAUGGCCUCCCGACACACACGUUUCUGCAUAUUUUCACCCAGCCUUGAAGAAGAAACCAUUUCUCUGGGAUGAUAAGAGGCGAGCACCGUGUGUGCAGAACACUGGCCAAGGCAGAAAGGGCCUCAGCCCUACUGCUCUACAGCGUGAAGCUGUCGCUGUCAUCGGGGACCGUGAAGCAAAGGCCUGUGAUAGCUCAGUUUGCCUGGCAUGAAGGACUUCCCAGGAUGUGGGGCGCCCUGACCCCCAGAAAGAGCAGGCCACUGGUUCAGUGUGUGGGCGCUGGGUGUCAGUGCAGCCUCACCAGCCCUGGAGGAGGCGGUGCCAGGCAGGUGAUCCUGGGUCCCUCACACCCUCUCAGCGUGCUGAGCUCAACUCCACACAGCCUCGCAGCCCCACCAAACCUCUGGGGUCCCUGCUGGCCCAGCGACUGCCAUGGCUGUUGCCCCCACGCCCCUCUCCCACAGUUGACCAAUGCCCUGUUGGACAAAGGUUUGUCACUUCUAUACCUUGCCUAUUUUAGCAGUGUCCACCGACCCUCCACAAAACACACACACACACACACACACACACACACACACAGACGUGUUCAGACUCCGCAACCCCAGCUAAGGACACGCACAGGAGGUGUAAUAACAGUACAGCCUUUUCCUACCUGACUCACAGGCAGGAAUCCACUUGGCUUCUGUCACACAACUGUCCAGGGUGAAAAUUCAAGCUAUCACUCUUCAACAUCUGCAAAAAGCCUGGAGAUGUCUAUGAAGGGACAGCAGACCCGGUGAAGAAGCAAGCGUCACCUACGUUGGAGUCACAUCGCCUGUUCCCAUAAAGUGGACAAGGACUUAAGCAUGAUGAACACACUCGGGAAAACUCAGGAGCCCGACUAGGUGUGUGCGCAUGUGGUGAACCCGCUAAUGUCAUGGGAACGCUCAGGUCCAUGGAGUAUAAGGAAGAAAACGGAAGGGAAUGGGGAAUUGUGCGCCUGAGCAUGGCGCAUCUGGGGUGAACCUGAGUUGUUACCAGGUCUUAGUGCUGUGUGGCGCAUGCAGCUAGGAAACAGUGUUUGAAGCCGGGUUCUCUUACUGGCGAUAGAGAUACUUGUCUGAGGCUGACUUGUCCCCGCAAGCUGUAGAACAGGUGAAGAGUGCCCUUGGGGAGGUCUCCGCCGCCCCCACUGGCCUUGAGAGAGAAAGGAGGAAGGCUGUUUUCCAACAGUGCUGGGCGUCAUUUAUGUCUCCUUGCAGAAUGGGAGCAGAGCACAGAAUGGGCCUUUCCCUGAGACCUGAUACAUGGGAGGCCAUGUCCAGGCCCCUGGCUGGUGCCACGUUCUGCCGGUAUUAGUUGAGCGUCUCCUCCAUGCCCCAGCGUGCUUGGCUGAGGCCAAGGACAGCGCCCAAGCCCCCUCUCAGGCUUCUCCUAACCCUAGACCCCCUUGGUCUCUUUAUCUUCUCUGAGCAAGUGGGUUUUUGUCCUCCUGGGGAUAACAGUGGGCUUUCAUCUGCUGCCUGUGUGCUCCGCCCUUGCUCCCUGAUCUUCAGUUCCUAAGUGAGGCAGGAGGCGCAGCUAAUGUUCACCUGAGCCAGCACUGAGUGGCAGCCACGCUCAGGCCCCGACAGGCCUGACACUUGGCACUCUGACCCAGGGGACACCCGCAGUCUGGGCUGCUCCCUGCUUUGCUGCAGGCACUGGGAUUUGGAGCCUCAGACUGGGGUGGGGCAGAGGUGGCUGGAGCUGGGAAGCACAGGGCAUGACUAGGUGACAGGCACAAAACCCAGAGCAAAGAGGAGGCCACCACUCCCCACAGCACCUGGGCCCGUUGGAGAAUAGAGGAUAUAACCUGCCCCUUCACAGCUCAUCUUGAAAGGACGAUGUAGCUGGCAUGAAAAGUAGGUGUGGCCUGGUGUUCUUGACCUUGACCCUUGUUGGUUCUGAAGUCUCACCUGGGCACCAGGGAGCAGCUCUGGUGCACAUGAGCUUGUGACUCUGAGGGGAUCCCACUGUCUGACUUGCUCUUAGCAUUGCAUCCAGGGACUGGGCAGUCGGGCCUAGGCUUCUUUCUGAGGAACCUGGCUGAAAGGCAGAGGUUUGGCUUUUAGAAAACGUCAGCUGUGUGAUAAAAGGGGCCUAGACUCAAUUUACCUGCCUCAUGCUGUGCGUUUGUUCCCCUUUGUGUCCAGUGCGGCCUGGAUGGGCUGUCGGUGGGAGAAGGAGCUCCCCUUUGGAGCAAAGGCCAAGGCCGGGGAGCCCAGUUGGGCCCCUGGUGCAACAGGACCGAUCCCCUGGGGAACAACACUUAGCCCGAUUAGCCCACUGGCUCUCAAGGUUUAUGAGCAGUUUUAAAGACAGAAAAGACCAUACCCCGGGGUGGCGGCACUGUCUUAGAGCUCUGGACUCCCCUGGCCCUCUCAGAGCCUGGGUCAGAAGUGAUCUUCACCAGGGGAUCCAGGGUGGUGUCACUGAGGCAGUGUCCAGGGCAGGUCCCAGGCGAGGGGCUGCUUCCGCCCACAGCGCCCCCGCCUGCCACGAUUCCCACACUCCUGCUGAUGGAUCGCCUUUGGCAACGAGGAAGGAAGGUGAGGGCUGAAAAGGGCAGUUCCUCUCCUCCCAUUUUCCAUAGCAGUAACUGGAUGGUCUGUCUCCCAAGUCUGUGCAGUCCUCCUGGCUAGCAGACGAAGGCCCGCCCCUCCUGCCAGUGCACGAGCCCCUCGCAUGUCCCGCUGUCUCCUCUCCACAGGGUUUGCCUUGUCCUGAAACACAUUCCAGACCAAACACUGUUCAAUUAGUUUCCAGAAGAAAAACAACGUGUACAUGCCUGUGUGUAGUCCGGCACUCUUCUGGGGGGACCAGGUCCUUUGUUGGGGCUGCAGGUACACUGGACCUUUGUCAAAGACAUUCCAAGCCUUUGGUUUUCAGAACUGAAACUAUCAAGAAAAAGAUGAACUGGGAAAACAGAUUUGUAAAAGAGGGGUUCAUUUCCUGUUGGCUCCAAGGACAUUUGUGUGCGGAUGAAUUAGCUUGAAAACCUCAACACUUGGGCGGCAGGCGUGUGUAAGGAGGAGGAGGAAGACAAAACCUUCAGCCCCUCGCCAGGUCCCAUCUCGGUGUGUCACGGUCUGCAGCCUGGGCGUGUGCACGGGGCUGGCCUGCUGCGAAGUCCGCCCUGCAUGCUGGCCACAGCCCAGCCUGCCUCCUGCUCCAGCAGCGGCCCGCACCUCCAAAUCAUCCAGAGGGAGUUCACCCUUUCCAGACUUCCUGGCCACCUCCGGCGGGAGCAGCUAAAGCUUGUGGCUUCUCCAAACCUAAUGGCUGUGCGUUUGGAAGCUGAACACCCAGCAUGUGGCUGCCAAGUCUGGUUUUGUGGACAAAGCAAACCGUGGAAUGGCUUUUCAGUGUCUGUAUCUUUCUACACCAAAGGGACAAACUGUGGCAUUCGCCCUUUGCACUAAGGCUGCUUCUCCAUUUACCUGUUUUUAACCUUUUUGUCUCUGGGGAACUUCUCCUGUGAUCUUUAUGUCAUCUGAUGAUUUGCUGUACUGUUUUACUUACAGGUGAUUUUAUCUUCUUAGGAACAGGAAAAAAAGUCAACGAGAGAAAGGUUUGAGGCGUUAGACAUAGAGAUCGCACUAGGGAUGCAGAAGCCCCAGACAAGUUGCUUCUUAAAGGAAAAUCUUAGUUUGGAGAGAUUAGGUUCCUGGCUCCCCAGAAUUCUAUCUUGGGAGACAGAACGUUGGGGCAGAGUCGACAGCCAGGCUAUGAGAAGGAAGGAAAGGCUCAGUUCCGAUGUUUGUCUCACAGCAGUGAAACCUGCUGCUCUCCUUCCUGGGCACCUGGCUUUUCGGGGGUGACAUGCAAUAGGGCCUAAAUGUCAGCAGAAGAGCUGCACCAUCGCAGCAGCGUCUCCACCUGGAAAGGUUGCAGAGAGCAUCUACCUUAGUCCCACACUCAGGUGAGAAGAUGUCAAAGGUACAUUCUGCCCAGAAUCAACAUUGGAACAUUUUCCAAAUUGGCUUUUGCAGCUGCCCAUAAUCUUCUGACCCUUCUUUUGACAUCCACCCCACCGUGAGCAUGUUUUCCAAAAGCUUACAAUGUUGAAUCCAGGAACGACCCCAUGUCUACUAGUACCAGGCUUGCAAUUGGUUCAACUUUUCCAUACAAACAUGCCUGUCCAAAAGAAGAGAAGUGUGCAUUUGUUCCAUGCAUGUGGUAAACUCUGCAAGAAGUUUAACCCCCAUAGGUUUGCUCAUGGGUCUAUGUAGCACAUGACUCUGCCUUGACAAUCAUGUAUACACAUCAAGGUUUCUAUCAUAACGAUGAGGUUGAUGACUUCUUGUUCUCCUCCAAUAAAGACAAUUAAUCACCUUCA